ACAAAUUCUCUUCCUUUAGAAAAACUGAAACGUCUUUCUUAUGGGCUAAGCAAAAUCCAAAACUCCCUAAAUUAAAUACCCACGCCAUUGGAGUGAGCUAAAUUUUCAUACAUAUAAUUUUAUUUUCUCUUUGGUCUAUUGUGUGAGAGGGAGCGCUGAAUUCGGGUUAAGAUAUCUAAUAUCUCGUCGUAAUCUAUUCCGAUUUGUAGUUUGAAUGUUUCAUCAAUUUAACUUUUGAUCCAACUCUGGUUAAAGGUUGAUUAGGGUUUGGGAUUUUCUUUUUCUCUUUUUUUUCGUAUUUAUUUUGGAAGUUUCGUUUUAUAUACUGUCUGGUUCGUGGGAAGAGACUUCUUAGUGUCUGUGGCGAUGGAGUCUUCUAUGGUUAUCAAGGUUAAAUAUGGAGAUACACUUAGGCGCUUUAAUGUUUGCGUGGAUGAAAAUGAGAAGUUGGAUCUUGAUAUUGAUGGAUUAAGGGCGAAGAUCAUAGGUCUCUUUAAUUUUCCUCAAGAUGCUGAUCUUGGGUUGACUUACAUUGAUGAAGAUGGUGACAUGGUAACUCUUGUUGAUGACAAUGACCUGCUUGAUGCGAUGAAGCAGCGUCUCAAAUUCUUGAGAAUUGACAUUCAGCUGAAGAAUGAAAAAUUUGGGAAAGCUUUUACAAGAUCAAGUGGAAGUUCUACUCCCUUGAGAUCCCCCCGUGUACAGCAUCCAUUAACUGACAUUAACAAUAAGGUUGCUGAAGCAUUGAAAGCAGUGCCAAUGCCACUGCUUGAAACACUGUUGAAGCUAUCUCUUGACUUGACUUCAAAGGCAUCAUCCUCAAGUCCAAUUUUUGCAGAUCUUGCUGAGGGCAUUUUGAAGUUGGGUAUUUCUCAGCUGAAUGAAGUUCCCCAGUUUCAAGCAGAUGCAGAGUCAAGUGGACAUACUGGGGCAUCUGAAAACUUUGUGGAUUCUUCAGUUCUUAAAGAUCCAAAUGCACCAAGGGGUGGUGGCCUGAGAAAAGUAUCAUUAAAUUCAAAACCCAUGGACCUAAACACCAUGAGUAGCGAAGAGUGUGAUGCUGGAAAUUCUGUAGGAGUCUUGGCACCUGCUGUUAAUCUGAAUACAAUCCCACAGAUUGGUUCAGUUCCUUCUGGAAGCUCAAAUGUGAUCCAUGUACCAAAUGAUAUUGAUAUUCUACCUCCCUUUGAUAGGAAUGAGGCAAAGAAUAUCGGUGGUCAACACAUUGGCAAGUUUGAUGUUUCUCUUGCACCAACUAGGCCUUCUGAUGCAGAUCAACCCCAUGCCAUGGGUUUGGGUGGUAAUGCUUCUAAUGAGUCUCCAUUUAGUGGAGCUCCUGUGUUAGAUGACUCAACUGGUACUUAUCGGCAACGCCGCAUUUGUCAUCUGAACAUGAAUCGCAAUGCCACGGUUGGAACGUUCCACAGCGGCAUCCAAUGUGAUGGCUGUGGUGUUCAUCCCAUUACUGGACCUCGAUUCAAGUCAAAAGUGAAAGAUAAUUAUGAUCUGUGCAGUAUCUGCUUUGCUGCAAUGGGCAAUGAGAAUGAUUACAUUCGAUUGGAUAAGCCUGUAUAUUUUCCAAAUCCAAGACCAUUCAGAGGGUCAUAUGAUCAUAGACAGAAUUAUAGGUGUCUUGUUCCCUUAACACCACGUAAUGGUUUCCCAACACCACCUCCUAUGAUGAGACACAUUGGAAUCAAGGAUACUAGGCCAAAGUUAGACAGUCGGUUCAUUUUGGAUGUCAAUGUUUCAGAUGGGACUAUAAUGGCUCCAUCCACCCCAUUCACUAAGAUAUGGCGGAUGUGCAAUAGCGGUACUCAAGUGUGGCCCCAGGGAACACAACUCGUGUGGAUUGGGGGAGAUAGGUUUAGUAAUGCAGUUUCAGUUGAUAUAAAGGUUCCGGCUGGUGGUUUGCCCUUGGAAAAUGAGCUUGAUAUAUCAGUUGAUUUUACUGCACCUAAGUUGCCUGGUCAUUAUAUUUCUUACUGGAGGGUGACGUCACCUUCUGGUUUAAAAUUUGGGCAGCGUGUGUGGGUUCUUAUCCAGGUUGAUGGGUCUCUGAAGGAAGGCCAUGGUGUUAGCUUUCAAGGCUUGAACUUGAAUUUGCCGCCUGAGAGCAACUGUCCCAAAAGCUUAGAAAUUAUAGAUAUGAAUGUUGACCCCAUUGUGGAUGGAAGUUUGCAAGGGCCUUGCAACUCUUACCCAGUCAUUGAACCUGUAAAACCAGUGGUUGAAAAAAAGCCAAAGGAGGAGAAUUCCCCUAUAAAUGAUGGCUCACUGGUUGGUAAUGGUGGCUCAGCUUCUGCUCAGCCAUUGCCACGGCCUCCAUCAUCUGUGUUGUAUCCCAUCAUUGAUCUCACUGAUGUGGACCUAGCUGAGGCCUCUCAUUCAUCAACCUCUCUUACAACUUUGCCAAUAUCAUCUGAGGAGAUCAGUGAUAAAUAUGCUGUUGAGCAGACUCUCCUGAAGGAGCUUGAGGAGAUGGGCUUCAAGCAGGUUGAUUUAAACAAGGAGAUUCUGAGGAAAAAUGAGUAUGAUUUAGAGCAAUCUGUGGAUGAUCUCUGCGGUAUUUCGGAGUGGGAUCCAAUGCUUGAGCUGCAGGGGAUGGGAUUCUGUGAUGAAGAAAUGAACAGGAGGUUGCUCGAGAAGAACAAUGGGAGUAUCAAGCGUGUUGUCAUGGAUCUUCUGACUGGGGAGAAGGCUUAGUUGACGAAGACUCUUCAAGCUGUUAAGUAGUAAAUAUUUUCAAUAAGAGACCGAACUUUUAUGUGUUUUAGAUGAUAUAAUUCCUAGUGAACUUCUCAGACUUUGGUUUUUUAAUGGGUGUUCGGUAUUUUGGACCUAA